GGAAGAAAUUUGUGCUACUUGAUGUUUUUGCCAAUUCAGUCGAGCGUGUAAUGCGCACCUGUAAGGUCGUUGUAUAACUUCAAUUCUGUGGCUUAAGUUCCAUAGACAAAAUGAAUAAAUUUCAUAUCAGACUGAUUAUUGGAGUGGCCCUAUUAGCCACGCUCAUACAAGCUACACCAACCGAACAAUUCAAGCGGUCAAAGCGAACCAAAAGAAGCAUACUGCAAGCGCUUUUUGGUUCAACUACUUCCAGUACCGAGCCGCCAACGACAACUCCUGACCGGGAUGUGGUAAUGGAAUCGUUAGAAAAUGGUGAACCCGUUUAUCUUAUGAAACCAAAACAGGACUCUGAUGGUCCUCCUGCAUUUGUACCGAUGAUGCCAUUACGAUACUUUGCGUCACCUUCGGGAUUACAUUUUAUUGCUGUCGAACCCAUCAAUUUCAACGAUGAAAACGAAUAUAUCCAACAAGAAGGUGCCGAACAGCAGUGGCAACCCAACUACAUUCCAGUGCCUGUGAAAAAUUUGCCGAAAGGAGUCCACAAAAAACUUCCCUCACAAUUACAGGGGCUGAGCAGUUCCGAAAUCCGCGAAUUGAGCUCUCUAGCGAAAAAGAUCGGAGUUAGAAAUUUGGACGAUUUGCCACCUUUGGAAGAAGUUAUGUCCUUGCUAGGAACAACAACAAAAAGUGAAACGAUAGAGGCCAUUCGAGAUUAUGCGUCCACUCCCACUGGGCUGGAUUUGAUCAAAGACUACAUACUAAGUUAUCAACCAGUCAAGCGAAUGGAUAUUGUUGGAGCCGAUGGAGAAGUUGCCAAUGAAAAGAUUCCAAUUGAAUCGCUUGAUGCAUAUGCUGCUGGUGGAGAGCUUAUGUAUGUCAAUUAUCCUGUUCCAAUAAUUGGAUAUACAGUUCCUAAUGGAUUGAACAACAACCAAAUAGAAGGAACAAAUCCCACCACAGAGGAACCUUCGAGUCCUGGAAUUUUCUCGCGAAUCCGUUCAUUCUUCUCAUUUGGAUCAAACCCCGAGUUGCCUGAGCAAGAGCCAAACACAAAUUUAUUAGCGAACAAUCAAUCCGAGUUGAAUCUGAUUCCUCACAUUGUAAUUCCAUUAAGGCAUUGGUCUCCUACUGAUGAUUCUAGUGGUUAUACAGUAGAAGACAUGCAGCGUUAUCCAAUAACACCCUUACAACAAGAUAAAAUCCCUUACGUGAUGAAACCUGAGCCGGAUCAAAUUUCCAUCAGCAAUGCACCUGUCAGUGAUGCUAUGAAUCCGGUACUAAACCAAGCACAAAUAUACCAUGAUGAUAUUGACGUGGUGGACAUCAAAGAUAAUGUUCCGAUAGCUAUUCAACAACCUGUACGAAUCUCUCUACCAGAAGAGCAAACCGGGAAGCUUCAUAAAGUGCAUAUUAAUAACGCUGACUUACCUCCCACUAUCAACAAAGCUGAACAGAAGCAAUUAGAAGUAAUUACUACGAAACCUACGGUAGUAGCGAGUACUACCAAAAAUAUCGCGAAUGAAACCAAGGUUCCACAGAUCACACCAAUAACAAAGGUGCAAAACACCACGUCGAAUAAAACUACAGUACCAAAAGCCUCAGAAACAUCACAGGAGCAAGGAAAUGGGCUUACAUAAAAGCUUAGCAUUUGAACGAAUUCCAGUACCGUGGACGAUGAAGAAACCGAGCUUAGUGAAUUCAAAAUACGGAGGCGGUGGUGUUGACAUUGAAUUCAAUACGCACAAUUUCAUCUCAAACAUUGAAGCUGCUGAUGCUUCGUAGGCUGCAUUUUCUUAAGACAUUAGCUAUAGUAAUUUAUUGAUAUUUAAUUAUUAGCUAAUAAAUAGAUCUUGUGAAUAAAAUGAAGACUUAUUGUCGUACAGUU